GUGUUAAGUGUGAUUAAAAUGGAUAUUUUAUAAAUGGAAAUCAGUGCUUGUAAUGUGAUCCGACUUGUUUAACAUGCAAAGGAUCUAAAGGCACUGAUUGCUUAUAAUGUAGUUAAUCGCACUAUUUAUUAACUAGUAAUAGCACUUGCAUAAGUAACUGUAAUAUUAAAAAUGGAUAUUUCAUUUCAGGUGAUAAGUGUAUAGAAUGCCAUAAAAAUUGUAGGACAUGUAAUGGAGAGUUAGAAAAAAAUUGUUUAUCUUGUAAAUUUGGUUUGGUGCUUCAGCCUACUCUUGGUAGAUGUGAUAAAUGUGAAGAAAGAUCAUUUUUAAAUGAAACUUCUGGUAACUGUGAUUAUUGCCACGAUACUUGUCUAACUUGCUCUGGUCCAGCAAAAAAUUAAUGUAAAAUAUGUGUUGAUGGAUUAUCCUUAAGUAAAAUUUCAAAUAAUUGUGAAUUAAGUUCAAUAAUUGAAAGCGAAUAGAAUGAACAAGAAUAUAACUAAAAAAUAGGAUGCUUAGAUUCCUAAAAAUAAUUAGAUUUAAAUUGCAUUUAAAGAUUUGAAACUAUAAAAUCAUAAACUAAAUUUUUAGAUAUUUUAAGUAUUUCUAAUUCAAUAUUGA